CUUAGUGUGACUCGGGUGCUAUGAGUUGUUCUUUACACGUAUAACUUAGAAAGGGAAGCUGUGUGUUCAGUGUUGUCUCUGGACCGGUUUUUAAUCCGUUACUUUUUGCGUGCCGAUGUGUUGAGGAUUAAUUGUUAAUAAUAUAUAUUUUUUUCGGGAUGACCUUCUGUGUUCCGCCGCUACCAAGCGUCCUGCGUGAUGAUCCAAGGAGGAACGUUACUUACUGUAGCUAGCUAGCGGAGUUCUAGUGAUAUCCAGCUCCUUGCUGGUUAUUAAUUACCGGCUCGACUCAAAUGUAAGCCGACAUUUUUUUAAAUAGCUGUAUAUAUCUAUAUAUUGCUAGAAUCAUGGUGGAGCUGGCCAGUCUCACUGCUUAUUGGCCUCUCAUCCGAUUCCUGGUUCCUCUCGCUAUUACCAACAUAGCCAUCGAUUUUGGGGAGCAGGCUCUGAACAGAGGAAUCGCAUCAGUAAAAGGGGACCGUGUGGAGAUGCUGGCCAGCUACGGUUUGGCCUACUCGCUAAUGAAGUUCUUUACGGGGCCUAUGAGUGACUUUAAGAGUGUUGGAUUGGUGUUGGUCCACAGCAGGAAGGACAGAAGAAAAGCAGUGCUGUGUAUGUUUGUAGCUGGUGUUAUAGCCAUGAUCCUGCAUAUUCUCAUAGCUUACACAGAUCUCGGAUUUUACAUCAUCAACAAGCUCCACCAUGUGGACGAAUCGGUUGGAAGCAAGACACGGAAGGCGUUCCUUUAUCUUGCAGUGUUCCCCUUGCUGGAUGCCAUGGCGUGGAUUCAUGCUGGCAUCCUUCUAAAGCAUAAAUACAGCAUGCUGGUGGGGUCCGCCUCCAUCUCUGACGUUGUAGCGCAGAUCUUGUUUGUGACGAUCCUGCUCCACAGCCACCUGGAGUGUGUGGAACCCUUGCUCAUUCCAAUCCUGUCUUUGUACAUGGGCGCACUGGUGCGCUUUAGCAUUGUGGGAUUGGGCUACUACUGCAACAUUCAUGACAACUUAUCUGACUCCAACAGCCAGGACAUGGGGGGAGAUACUAGCAUCAGAAAGAUGUUGAGCUUCUGGUGGCCACUGGCACUCAUAUUGGCCACCCAGAGGAUCAGCAGGCCUAUUGUCAACCUGUUUGUGUCACGAGACCUUAAAGGCAGCACUGCUUCCACAGAGGCUGUAGCAGUGCUCACAGCCACUUACCCAGUGGGACACAUGCCCUACGGUUGGCUAACUGAACUACGAGCCAUCUUUCCAGCAUUCGACAAGAAUAAUGCAACCAACAAGUUAGCCGCUGGUGCUGGAGUGACAAAAUCCCAUAUCACGAAGUUCACCUUAGCAUGCUUUACCCUCUCUGUAACGCUCUGCUUCAUAGUGUUCUGGACCCCUGGUGUGUCUGAGCUGAUCCUGGUCGGUGUAAUUGGAGUGGAUGAGAGUUUCGCUCAGCUCUGCACUGUUCCUCUCCGGAUAUUCUCCUUCUUCCCUGUUCCAGUGACCAUUCGAGCUCAUAUGACUGGCUGGUUGAUGACUCUAAGGAAGACGUUUGUCCUGGCCCCUAGCUCUGUGCUGAGGAUAGUCGUGCUCAUCGCUAGUCUAAUAGUGCUUCCCUACAUGGGUGUGCACGGUGCUACAUUAGGAGUGGGCUCACUACUGGCCGGUUUCCUCGGAGAAGCCAUAAUGGUGGCAGCUGGUGCAUGUUAUGUGUAUCGACAGCAGAGAACAAAUUCAGAGGCAGAGCUAGCCAUACAGGCUGACGACUCUGCCCCGAUGAGCGACGUCACAUCCACAACCGAGAUAGACGACGUCCAAGAGGUGGAUGAGCAAGAAGAACAGGAUGGGAAGAUGGAAGUAGUGAACUAAGAGAAAUGAAUGUAAAGAGAAACCUGAUGAGAUCCAAUACUCCUGAAACCAAAUACCAAGACUGCGAGCUGUCAGUGCAGCGUUUCUGCUCAGACCUAAACUGAUGUCUGCUGCAGCACUUUUCUUUAAUUUAAUUUUUUUUUUUUGCACUGAAGUCCUUUAGAGUCUCUGCUCUCUUGGCAGCCAAUAACUGAACGUUUUGCUGAUUUCAGCUGUACUAUAUCCGGGAGUGGCUGAAAGAUGGUUUCUCUCUCUGCUUCACAACAACUCGUCCAAAACAACACCCAAGGCCGACUUAUUGCACGGAGAGAGACAAUCUGGCACAAAUGCACGUUCACUGACCUUUGGCACAGUGAACCAUGUGGCCUGCUGCAGUACGGGCCUUAAAAUGCACAAUAUCUGUUAUUGCACAAUGUUUGUUAACGCACAAAAGACUCUCAAUGUAUUAGAUAUCUAAAGCUUUUAUGAAAAAAAAAUAAAAUAAAUUUAGCUAUUCAGGGAAAUGCACAAAGGAAAUGCGUAUAUCAAUAUUGUUUAUUUUUAUAUGCCGAACUUGUCCUAUUUAGUGUCCCGUGAUUAAAGAGAGGCGCAUGGAUUAUUUAUUUGGGUGUAUAUAGAUAUAGAUUUCGUUUAAUGCCAGAAACCUUCUGUGGUAAAGAAAGCUUUCUGACAUCCGCUUAGACAGAAAUCUACAGACUGAAAAUGCAAGAUCAUGGAGAGUUCAAUUUUAAUCACAUAAAAUGUUUAAUAUUUUCAACAACUUUGUAGUUUGGAAAUGAUGCAUUUAUAAGGGUGUUUUUAUAAACUAUACAAAUUCUCAUAAAACUCUAAUAAAGAUCUUUUUUUUUAUAUA